AGCGGGGCCGAGCCGGGACUGCCUGGCGGCAUCCCUGGCGUACGGGCUGGCUGCGCCGCAGGAAGGGCCGAGGGACGGCGGAGCAAGACACAUCUGAGAACGACAUCACCUCAAGGUGCUCAGUGCUCGUGUAGUGCAGCCCAGGAUGACUCUGCCUCUCUGAGCAUCCAAAGUGACACCAGGAGAGCAGUCAGCCUGCAAGUGUGGCACAGGGUGACUAGCAAUGGUGGAGCGUGGAGGUCUGCAUCACGGCACAGCAUCUCUUGGUUGUUGGGAGCCUGGCAGGAGCUGCUGUGGAUCCUGAGGCGAGGGGCGGGAUGGACCUUGUCAAAGGGUCUCUGGACAGAAAGCUGCAGCGACCGCUCCUGGGCAAGUCCCAAACGCUGCCCAGCAUCCCGCAGUCCCCGGUGCUCAGCAGGCUGCCCCUCCUUGACUCAGCUGCUUACAGGGAGGAGAUGCCAGAGCAGAAGCCCUACCAGAAGCACUCGGCCUCUGAGUGCCAGAAAGGCUGCACAGUCCCUUCCAGUGGAGACGCCUGGCGCCUGGAGGAUGACGGCACAGAGCCGCCGCGCGGCCCGCAGCUCGGCACGGCCGUGCAGGACGCUCCCUUCAGCCACUUCCGCACCCGCUCCUUCUACAUGAGGAAGAGCCUGUCUGUGGACAACCACCUGGGUGCCCUCAGCUACGCCCUGCACCCCGCUGACACAAAGGCUGAGCGCGUCAAGACCAAGCUGCGGCGGCAGUUUAGCCUGGGGUCAGCGGACAAGAAGGACUUUUACCAGCCAAAGUCGGAGAGCAGCCUCUCUAGGUUUGCCCACCGCUUGUCGGUUAAGCAGAAGCAGGAGAAGAGAAGGAAAGCUGAGUAUGCCUCAGCCGAGCUGUCAGCCUUCCGGCCCAGGUCUCUGAGCAUUGAAUGGUCAUCCUCCCCUAAAAUGACGCAGCAGAUGAGGGACCUGCAGCUGGCACAGGCCAGGAAGCCACCAGGCCCUUCGUCCCCCAACGCUGCCAAGAGACUGUACCGGAACCUUUCGGGCAAGUUCCGCGUCAACUACACGUCCCUGGACGAGGGCAGCCUGGCAGCCAGAGCCGACCGCGACAAGCUCCGCAAGUCCUGCCCGUUCCAGAGCAAUGCUGCUCUCUUCGAGGCCGUGGAGCUGCAGGACUUAGACAGGGUCCAGGAGCUGCUGAAGCAGUACAGCCCCGAGGAGCUGGACCUCAACACCCCCAACAGUGAAGGGCUGCUGCCCCUGGACAUUGCCAUCAUGACCAACAACGCUCCCAUCGCCAGGGCCCUGCUCCAAGCAGGAGCAAAGGAGAGCCCACACUUCGUGAGCCUGGAGAGCCGCUCGCUGCACGUCUCCACGCUGGUGCGGGAAGCGGAGCAACGGGUCAACGAGCUGACGGCUCAGGUGGUGAAUGAGGCUCCCAACACCGACUGCUCUGAGAAAGAGAAGCAGCUCAAGGCCUGGGAGUGGCGCUACCGGCUGUACAAGCGCAUGAAGGCAGGGUUUGAGCACGCCCGAGUGCCUGAUGCCCCCACCAACGUGCACCUCUCCGUGGCCAGCAGCUCCUCGGUGCUGGUGACCUUCUGGGAGCCCCUCAGCAUCAACUCAGCCGUUGUCACCAAGUACAAAGUGGAGUGGAGCUGCUCCCCCACCUUCUCACCACUGCUGGGGGAGGCUGUGGUGGACAAGCUGAAGAACCUGCACUUCACCAUUCAAGGGCUGGUGUCGGGCACAGCGUACUACGUCCAGGUCUCUGCCUACAACAUGAAGGGCUGGGGCCCCCCACAAGCUGCUGUGCCUCCUUUUGCCAUCCCUUCCAACUGGCGCGAGUACGACGGCCGGGCCCCGCGGCGCAGGGGACAAGCUGAAGCUCUGGACCAUCUGCUGGGGCAGGUGAAGACUGUUCACCAGCACUGUGUUUGCCACGAGCCCUGCAAGAACCAGCCCCAGAGCAGGAAGCACUCUGUCUCCAAGAGCCUCAAGCACCUCUUCCACCCCGGCAGCAAGUUUCUCAAGACGCUGAAGCGGGGCCUCUACCUGACAGCCAUCUUCUACAAGGAUGACAACAUCCUGGUGACCCACGAAGACCAGAUCCCCGUGGUGGAGAUUGAUGACACCUACUCCUGCCUGCUCAUGCAGGAUUUUCUCUGGUUCACCAAGGUGUCCUGCAUGUGGGAUGAGAUCCUGUGGCUGCGGCAGUGUGUCACCGUCUCCCAGUCCUCCUGCUCCUGCAUCCUGCAGACACGCUUCAAGAUGCUGCUGGCCAUCUCACAGAUGCAGGGGCUGCUGGGCAUCCAGGACCUGGGCCAAGUCUUCUUUGAGCCUGUCAAAGACAAGCAGGGCAACAUCCUCAUCGUCACCCUGAAGGAGGUGAAGACCAACCAGACCUUUGAGAGCGUGCGCUGGGUUCCCGUCUGCAAGCUGCAGAGCGGCCGCAAGUCCGUGUCCUCGCCCGACGAGCCCACGGCGCUGGACACGCUGCUCGUCUCCAUCCAGGACAAGCUGGCUUACCACCAGAGGAGCAGCCAUGCCCUCGCCCCAGGCCUCUACCUGGGCUACUUGAAGCUGUGCAGCGCCGUGGAUCAGAUCCGAGUGCUGGUGCCGGAGCAGCUGCCCAACAUCCUGUGUCACGUCAAGAUCCGCUCCAACCCCAACAUCUCCAGGGAGGAGUGGGAAUGGCUGCAGAAGAUGGUCAGCAAGGAGGAGCCUGUUCCUGCAGAGCCAGAGGCUGAAGCCUCCCAGAACCACUUGUUUCAGGAGCUCCAAGUCGCCAUCAAGGAGCUGAUGGCCCUGGUCAACAUCCCACUGCAAGAGGCCAAAGAUUUCCGUCUGUACAGCCAAGAGGUGUUGGAUUUUGGGGACCAGGUCUCCUUCCUGCUGCUGCUGCCUCCAUCAGAUGAUGUCUGCACUGCUCCAGGCCAGAACAACCCCUACACCCCUCGCUCCGGCUUCCUCACGCUGCCGCUGCAGAUCUUCGAGCUUGUCCACUUCUUCACAUAUGACCGGGAGUUCAUCACCCAGUACUGCCAGGUGUCUGCCCUCCUGGAGCUGGAGUCGCUUCUCUCUCAGCAGAGCCUCAGGGAGGCUUUCUCUGACACCGAGCUCUCCACUGCCAAGCAGAGGCACCAGCAGGUCCAGGACUACAUCCAGCAAAUGGAGGAGAUCUGGCGUGAGAUGCGCUGGAUUAUGGAUGCCCUGCAGCACGCCCGCUACAAGCAGCCCUCCUGUGGGGUGUCCCUCAGUGGCUUCCUCAGCGAGGCUGCUGGGGUGAUGAAGGACAAAUCCAGACCCACCUCAUCCCACCUGGAGUACCUGCCCUCACCAGCACCCUCGCCAGAGACCAGCCGCAAGCUCAACUCUGACUCCCACGGGCUGUCGGACGAGGAAGGCUCCUCAGAGGUGUUCCUGGCCACCGACAGCGACUACGACUCGAGCCGCGCUCAGAGCCCGAAGGAGCUCGACCUGCUGCCGUCCUCGUCGGCUCCCGAGCGCUGCGGCCGCGGGGUUCCCCGGCGCCUGCGGGACAGCGCCCCGGACGUGCUGCAGAGCCACGAGCUCAAACCUCCUCCUCUGCCCCAAGCUGACGAGCCCCGGGCUCCCCUUCCCGAGCUGUACGACAGCGACUUCGUGCUGCCCAGCCGGCAGCUGGAGCUGCUGCGCGUGACGGAGAAGCGCCAGGCGUACUGCGUGCGCACCAGCAGCCUGGACUUCCCCAAGCCCCCCUGCCAGCCCGCCAGGAAAUCCUGCCCGGGCUCCGUCCACAGCUCCCCGCCGGAGAGCAGGACCUCGGGCCGCUGUGGGCAGCUCAGGCCGGGGACUGGCUCGCAGCACAGCCCCGAGAGCGGCCGGGCGGAGCGGACUCGGGACUCGGAGGAGCAGGAGGAGCAGCCGGGAGGCUCGGGGAGGAAGAAGCUGGGCUCUGUCACCCUGAGGGUCUGUCCUCAGUAUGAAACCGGACUCUCCAAAGAAACCAGCGUCAAGCUGCACAUCAGCAGCCAGACCUCGGCGGGGGAGGUGGUGAAGCUGGUGGUGCUGGAGAUGAACGAGGUGUCGCGGUGCGCGCUGGGCGCCUCGGCCGCCGUCCGCUACGGCCACGAGCACCUGCAGCACUUUGGGCUGGUGUUUGCCUGCGAGGACAGCGAGCAGUGGCUUCCAGAUGAUUUCCUCCCUCUGGCCCUCCAAACCUCCCAGCCCCAGGGCAGGUUCUACGUGCGGAUCAAGGAGACGUCGCCGUUGGUGCUGCACUUCGGGCCGGCCACCACCGUAUGAAGGGCGAGGGGAGGGGAAGGCGGGUGAGCGCGGGGACCUCGGCUUCCAGCGAGCGGACAGCUCGUCUCUGAUGCUUCCUUCUUCCACAGGCACCCUCUCAUCAGGCAGCCACGGGGUGGGGUGGGAUCGUACUGGGCCGUGUGUCAUUUGUUUGGGUUCUUUUUGGGUUCUUUUUAGUUGGUUGGGGGGGUGUUUUUGAACCAAAGAGACGUGGAGACUCGGCUUUUUGUGAAUGAAGAGAGAGGAGGGUGGAGCAGAGACACCUCAGAGCUUGGAGGAAUCUCUGCAAUGGAAUCUGGGAGAGUAAACAUCAAGAGGAAAGUCAAGGGAGAGAGAAAGGGAAAAAGUCUUACAAGAAGCAGCAGCAAUACCAGGGUUUUGUUGUUUCUCUGAGAAGCCUCACCUGGGAUUCCCUGAAGAGGGUUUGCUGGGGAGGGGUUGUGGUGUCACAAGGACAGCACUGAGCAGGGUGUUUUCCUCUCUGCCCUCCCAUCACUACCUGCAGAAGCAAUUCUUGCACUUCCCUCUGGGAACAAAAGGAUGGGUUGUGGGGGUUUUUAUCUUCCUGACGAGAGAGAAUGGUCGUGUUUGUGCUGGAGACACUGGAGUCGUGUCAGAGAUGAAGAGCCUGAAGGCAGCAGGACCCCACGCUGCGUGGGUACCCCACACACCACCCUGGCACAUCCCCCUCUCCUCCCCCCCCAGCUGCCCUUUUGUUCUGGUGAUUGUGCUUGGCCUCUCUUACACGUCCUAUAGCAUGAACCUUUUUUGUUAGCCACUAGAUCUCUUGUUAACAAGGUUAUUUUUCUGAUCUCCUGUGGUCCAUAGUAAAGAUGACUGCUGC